AUGAAGACAUACGAAGAUGAUCUUGAGUCUACGAAGGAGAACAUGUGGUCGAAGCUCCUUGAAUUGGCGGAUGUUGCGACUAUGGUGUAUGAAGAAGAACAACGCAAGAAAAAAGGAAAAUCUAAGAUCGUCUCUGAAGAAGAACAACGAAAGAAAAAAGGAAAAUCUAAGAUCCAACGAAACUAUGAGAAUCUUAAUGGGGCUUCUACUUCUUCUUCUUCAUCGCUCCGCCACCUUCGUUGUUCUGAGACUCGUUCUUCGCUCCAUUACAACACGCCUGAUAUUGAAAGCCCUCCAAACCCUAAUUCCCAGUCUUCUUCGAGCCAAACAGAGAGCACAAGCCGCAAGAGGCUUGCCUUGGUGCUGCAACCAAGGAGUAGUAGUGGUAAAUUCAAGAAAGCAAAGGUGGUUGCUUCUUUGCCACGGAUAGCUAGAGGGCCACCGGAGUGGCUUGGCGAGGUGAUUAGAGAGAUGGGCGUAACCGAAGACCCGAUGCUGAUCUUUGACUUUGGGAAACCACUAUCCGCGAGUGAUGUCAACUCAGGCCUGAGCCGUUUCUUGCUCCCUUUCAGUAUGCUAACCAGAAACGACUUCUUGACACCUGCUGAGUCUGCAGCCAUACUGAGAGCAGACAUCGACGAACAGAACAUUGGUGUGGGAGCGAUUCUGGUGAAUAAAAACUGUGAGAUGUGGGGUUUGCGUUUUAAGUUAUGGGCGAUGGAGAAGAAGGAAUCUGGAAACGGGACUUUGAACUACGCAUUGAACUGGGGGUGGAACGACGUCGUCAAGGGUAACAGAUUGAAAGAAGACCAUGAGAUCAGUCUUUGGAGUUUCAGGUGCCGUGGAGUCCUAUGCUUUGCUCUUGAACACAGAAUUCCCAGCUUGUCCAAAAGAUUGCUGCAUUGA